AUGACUGACCUCGAGGGCCUCAGUGAUAUAUAUUCAGCUGGGACAAUUUUGGCGCCGCAGUAUAAGCUUGAAUUCUUCCAAACCCCAGAUUGGCAGGACGAUAACAAAGACUUUGCUGCCCAAUACAAACAAGCUCUCGAAGACCGAGUAAAACACUACGAGAAUAGUGUAUAUAGCUGUCUCUCGCAAGCUGGAGGUCUACACAUCGCGAAGCCUACGAGUGAGAUUGAUCUACUACUCGCUCGUGAUAAUCGGCCUAUUGCACCAGUCUCUGAGCUCACUCAGUACCUCAAGAGUGACACGGUAUUAAUGCCCCCACAUGAAUUCUGGAGAGAUCAUGAGCAUAGAUUUCCAGUACUCGCAGCUCUCGCUCGAGAUACCCUUUCCGUCCCAGCCACAGGCGCAGGCGUAGAGCGUCUCUUUAACUCCGCGCGUGAUAUCUGCCACUAUCGCCGUGGCUCACUACAAUCGAGUACUAUCCAGGAUCUAAUGCUUCUCAUGUGUGGGAUUCGGUUUGAUCUGGAAGAGGAGCAGCUUGCUUUCAUUCGGGAGUACGCAACUGAGUCUGAGAGAGAGCUCCGACAAGAAGAGAUAGAUGAUCGUACGCAAGAGGAUACUCUAGAGAUUAGUGAUAGUGAGGAGGGGCUACCGCAAUAUAAUUUAAAGAGGCGAAGGAGUAUAAAUGAGGUUAUAGAAGAGCCUGUGGAAGAGCCUGUGGAAGAGCCUAUGGAAGAGCUCAUGGAAGAGCCUGCGCUUGAGGAGGAGCCUGAUUUGCCUGAGCAAAACACACUGCGUGUUUCAGGAAGGGUUCGAAAGCGUUCAAGCGGCAGCACCGACUCCGAUGGACAGGGCGACGCCGCUUACGAGACGGAUUUGACGGAGCCGGACGAUACACUGCGUCCACCAAAACGUCAUCGGUCGAUCAAAAGUCCAUCUGCUCCAGAGUUAGGAGGACCUGAUGGGGCGGAAGAGAUAUACGACGAUCCCCUUGAUGAUACCGGGAUUGAUCUGUCUGAAAUUCCCGAAGAUUUCGAUAAAGCGAAAGGGACAAUCGUACGGCGAGAACGAAUUGAGAGCCGCUGGAAAAGGUACUGCAUUAGCAGAACACGCCUAGAGCCUAAGGUGCAAAAGUGGCGGAAUCCUGAAGAAGCCCUGCGCCAGGCGUCCAACAAUGACAUGUAUCGGUUCCUAGGCUGGUGUCUCAAGCUCGAGCGAGGAGAGAAGGGCCGUCACUUGAAGGGCAUCCACAAAUCAAGUUCAUUGGAAGCGGACUGGAAAAAUCUCCUGCGCAGGGGUCUCAAAUAUCUCGUCCACGAGAAUGGGCUAGAUACCCAGCCCGCAAAGAAGACACCGGUGUAUAUCGAGGAUAUCGGUCCAUUCAACGAAACUAUUCUAUCGACUCAGGAGAAGAAGUUCCACCUCGGGUUUCAGCGCAUCCAAUUCAAGGAUCUUCAAAUCUCCCUUCAAAAGGAUCCUCACGGCGGACCUCCGGUUCCCCUGAUUGAGCUUACAGCGGAAGGAGUCAAGAAGUUUCUUGGACAGACUAAACUAACCACCUUUGCACUCCCAGAAGUGAUCUACGGGCCGUCCUUAGUUCUAUGCCCCCACACGUUGCUGUUUGGGAUCCUUUUCCAUGCUCGGGCGUUCCGCAACCCAAACCUGACCUCGAAAGCCAAGCUUCGCAGUCUCUUUAUCAGCAAAGGUUGCGAGCAGCUCCUGGUGCCAAUACACCGGGACAAAGCCGAUUGGUAUAUAUUCGCCAAAACCGAAUUAGUCAAAGGGGUUCCGACUAUUCAGUGGACAAAGCCGAUGUCGAAGGCAGCUAUGUCGAGCAUGCUAGUUACUUUCGGGGAGAUUCGUGGCUGGAAAGGGGCAUUCCACGCCCAUCAGUUCCGAUACGGAAGCGGCAAGGUGGUUAACGAGAGUGGGUGGGUCAGCAAGGAACAACAUAUGCUAAUCAUGAAACACGCCAAUCCCCGGACCUUUCUUAACCAUUACCAUCCUCUGCAGCUCGACACCGAUAUGAUCCGGGUCAUCUGCGGCCUUGACCCAGACGUGGAAUUGAUGCGGGCCGUCACGCGGCAGAGCCGUUGGCGAGACACACGGCGGCCACGGUAUCUGACCAAACAGCAGAGGGCCCAGGUCGAGGAUCAUUCCGAUAUGGAAGAGGCCCGUCGCAAGCUGGAAAACGCUCGUGCUCUUUACGAGGAGUCUCGGCAACCGAACUUACUGAAUCGGGUCCGCCAACGUGAGAAAGAAUUGAAGAAUACGCGGCAACGGCUGCUGAGGGCCUUACGGCAGCAGGUCCGAGAGAACUUUGACGAAGAGCAAGCAUUUCUGGACAUCGAGGCGCAGUUGUCUGGUACAGCAGUAAAAGAAGAUAGCGAGGACGAAGAAUCGUCCUUACAGAAUGACAUGCAUCCUCUGCAGCUGCGUCUUCUUCAGCGCCUUCUCUCGUACCCGACGUCCAACUCCGUGGAAGAUGAAUGGAAACGGCGCGAUGAUGCUGUGGACGCUGUUGUGCAGUAUUGUGGCGUCCACGAAGGUGGCCCACUUCGUGGCCGUCCCAAGCAGAUUGACGCAAAAUCCGUCCCAACGACAGGCUCUGAACCUGACUUCGACGGCGCGUCCGACGCUAGAGACAGUCUUCACGAGAACACGAGGGCCACGCUCUCUCCACGCGAUGAGCUCUUCCGUGCAACACAGAACCAUCUUACAGACACUUCAAAAAAGCCGCGGGCUUGUUUCCAAUGCUUUGCAAAUGAGAAACUGCCCGAUAAGACUCGUUGUAAGAUGUUCUAUGAUGCUGGGUGUGUGACGCGGCAUUUCGAUUCUCAUCAUUUGCAUGAAGAUCCGCUCAAAUGCAAUUAUUGUGAGGUGUUUCUGUUGCAUAGGAUGGCUUUCCAGCGCCAUGCAUCCGACGUUCAUCGAGUGGAGAGUCGCUGGCGGGAGUCUUUUGCGCUGUCUGAUAGAUGA